AUGUCUCGAGAAGGGAGAGGUAAUGUUCGGCUAGAUGGGACUUCGUAUGGAGCUUUCAAAUUGAUAAACGAUAGUCUUGGAGAUUUAAUGCUUGGCGGAUCGAUUUGUUCGAAAGAAAGAAAAACCCAUUUCGCUUCAACGAUAUUUUACUUCACACUUCCUGUCAAAUUGAUUGUCAAACAACCGGAGACUUACAAUUCUCUGGAAAUCUUACUAUUCCCAUUUGAUUAUUUCACUUGGAUAAUUAUUCUAGUACUUUUUGUUGGUCGCGAAAUUUCUAAAAUCGCUCUGAAGAAUUCAUCACUUGGUUUUGGGAACUUCUCAUUGAAAGUUCGACUUUUGGCAUGGCUUUUUGGAUUUUUCAUUCUAAGAAGUUCAUAUGAAGGAUCAAUUUUUAGAUUUCUUCACAAUCGUCCGAAAAGACCGGUGCCUAAUGAUUUUAGAGAAGCCAUUCGAAAUGGAUAUAGUUUCAUAUCUGAUACAAGACUUAAUUAUUUCCUCAAAGAUUUUACAGAAUUGGACGACAAAUUAAAAUUAUACGAUGUUCCAUCUUCGGAAAUAUUUGAAGAAUUUUACCAACUCAAUGAUUCUAAAGUUGGUUUGAUUUCAAGAGGUGAAUCAUAUAAAGGAAAUCAUUUAAACUUAUCAAUGUUUCGAGGAUUUUCGGUAGUUAAGAAACCGGUAGUUCAUAAUUUCUUGUGCAUGUAUAUGCCAAAAUUCUCAUUUCUUACAGUAGAAUUAAACAAAAGAAUUGAAGAUAUGGUUAAUUAUGGUUUUGUGAAGAGAAUUCUGGAAAAAUCAACGAAAUUUUCAUGGUUUUAUCAAGGAAGGGCAAAGGAAGCUAAUAUUAUGACAGUUAAUCAUUUGAGUGGAGCUUUUCAAUUGUUAAUAGGUUUGCUAGCUUUGGCUAUUUGUAUUUUUGUAAUGGAAAUUCUUUCGGUAUGA